AUGAGUGAAAUCAGGAAGAUCUAUCAGCCCAUUCACCCAUCUGUCCGCGAGAAGCUGGACCCCGAAUAUGUUGCUCUCCAUGACAGCAUUAUCCAAUUCAUAGAGCCUUCAGAAGCCCAGCCAUGGGAUCCAUCUUCACGCUUGAAUCCGAAUCCUCUUGCACAUGCCAUGCAGAAACUAACCGGAGUUGGUCAAACCUGGGAUGAGGAACUCGGUGGCGGCAUUCAAGUCCGCGUGUUUGUUCCUGAAGGCGAAGCGCCCCCGGGAAGAUGGCCGUGCUUGGUGUGGCUGCACGGAGGUGGUUGGGUCAACGGAGGAUUAGACAGUGAGAAUGGAUUCUUGACGCAUGUUUGCAAAUACGUCAGAUGCGUGAUCAUCACCAUCAACUAUCGCCAUGCCCCCGAGCACGUCUAUCCCGCUGCUGUAUAUGAUUGCCUGACUGGACUGAGAUGGGUAGUUGAGCCUGCUAAUGCAUCGCAUCUCAAUAUAAACACCUCUCUUCUGACAAUCGGCGGCCUAUCUGCCGGUGGAAGUCUUGCUGCUGUUCUCACAAUGAAAGCCUCUCUGGAGAACGUGACACCAGCCCCCAUUUCUCAAAUCCUCAUAUGUCCAGUCAUUGACAGCACUGCCACCGUCGAGACUGUGUGGUCCGCUUCCAAGCACGUUCCCUGGCUUACGCCUGGGCGAAUGACUUGGUACCAAAGCCUCUACUUCCCGAACCAUGAAAACAAGAGAGACUGGGAUGCAUCGCCAUGCUUUGCACCCAAAGACAUUAUGACACGAAGUCCAAAAACCUGGAUUGCUAUUGCUGAGAUUGAUCUCUUGGCGCCUGAAGGUCUCAAGUACGCAGAGCAACUGAAGGAUGCUGGUGUCGACGUUGAUACCAAGGUUUACAGAGGAGCCACGCAUUCCGUGCUGAUUCUUGCAGGGUAA